ACAGCCCGUUCCGUGCUCAGAAUAACGCCGGCGAGCACACGGAGCGGAGCGCGACACCGAUCCCUGCAGAAGAAACACGCCACGAUCGCGCUUGGAUUACAACUAUGACUCUGGAAGAGAUCAGCGGACAAGACAACGCAAUGGAAAACGCAGACAGGAUGCAAAGUGCAGGCGCAGCCCUGGAGGAGCUGCUGCUCGCCGCCAAGAAGCACGACUACCUGACGGUCGGAGUUUACGAGUCUGCCAAAGUCAUGAAUGUCGAUCCGGACAGCGUGGCGUUCUGCGUCCUCGCCACCGACGACGAGUACGAGUGCGACAUCGCCCUCCAGAUCCACUUCACCCUCAUCCAGGCGUUCUGCUUCGACAACGACAUCAACGUGGUGCGCGUCAACGACAUCGAGCGCCUCGCCGACCUCGUGGGCGCGGACGACACCGGCGAGCCUAAGGACGCGCAUUGCAUUCUUGUCACGAGCCCGAGCGCAAACCCGUGGAAAGACCCUGCUCUGGACAAGCUGAGCCUCUUCUGCGAGGAGAGCCGCAGCGCGUACGACUGGGUGCCCACCAUCACGCUCCCCGAGCGCUGAAGUGCACUGAAACACCGUUGACGUGAUGUUGAAGAUGCUGAAGAAAACGAAACGUCCGAGCCGAGCUUAUUUGGGGGGUGCCCGGCCGCGCCGCCAACUUGUUCUGGAUUAAAAAGGCCGCGGCUGUAAUCUCCCGGCGAGAGCGCGUCCUCCCAGUGCAUUCUGGGUCGGCACGUUGGGUCUGGAUUACCCUGAGUUUGGGGGGUGAGAGUUCAGAGGUCACGUGCGGACAAUGGGUCAGGUGUGCGGAGGGCACGGAGGAGCCUGACGGGGACACGGGGAAGGAGCGGGGCAGGAACAGCUGAUCAGAGGGGACUGGCCCAUAACAGGCACCAGGCGACGGCGCGGAGGAGGUCACGGACGAAUGGACUGGAGUGGAGGCUGCGCUGGGUCAGAGGGAACAAGGAAAGGUGCUGGUGCUGGAAGGGGUCUCUGACAGCGACUGUGUGGACUUUGCUUUACUUUAUCGGUGCAGCGUUCGAGGGAGUUCUUGGAAGACGCACAGACUUUGAGUGCGAAUCCUGCGCAGCUGCAACUGUGACACUUCAUGGACUAUUUCUUGCUUUCAAAAUAUGCAGACAGAACCAAUGCAAUAUGCAAACUGUGCUCCCUUUAUUUUUUUUUUUUAAUUGUUUUGUGAAUAAACAUUUGAAGUCAAACUCG